UAAUCGUGUAGCUGCAGGCAUGUGUACGCAGAUGUCUUAUGGUUUUCUUCCAACUGAAGCAGUUGGAACUAUAGAGUUAAUUGAUAAAUUUGAUAAAUUAUUUGAUAUAUUAAAUUCAUUUAAUGUAAAUAACCCCAAAGAAUAUGGAAAAGUUUUUAUUGGAAGUAACAAACAAAUGCAAUUUUUAGAACAAAUGUUGAAUUUUAUACAAUGUAUUAAAGUAAUUAAGGAUAAUGAUAAAUGUAAAUAUGUAAAAGUAAAAUGCUUUGAUUGCUGGCAGAUCACAAUUAAGAGUACAAUUCAACUUUGGAAUACUUUAAAAAAUAACUAUAAUUUUUCGUAUCUUCGAACACGCAGACUGAAUCAAGAUUGUCUUGAAAAUUUCUUUGGCACUAUUCGACAACAAGGUGGUAAUUGUCUUAAUCCGACACCUAUUCAGUUUAAACGUGCUUUUAAAAAAUUAUUCAGUGCUAAAUUAUGAAAGCAUUCAAACUCACAAAAUUGUGCAAAUAAUAACGAUAAUUUAUUAAAUAUUAUUGGAACAUCAAAUAUUACACAGGCCACAGUUUCAGAAUUUAUUCCAUCGCAUAACAUUUUAAAUAUUCCUGUACAUGAUUAUUACUCAAUGGAUCUGCCAGAGGAAAAUGCAUUGAAAUUUGUUUGCGGAUUUUUAAUUAAAAAAUGUAUAGCAAUACAUCCAUGUAAUAUAUAUAUCGGUUCUUAUCUAUUCGAGUUAGCACAAAAUAUAACUUUUGAAGUGCCAUGUCCAGAUUUCCCUAAAGUGUUCUUGAUAAAAUUAUUUCUUCGCAUGCGCAUUUAUUAUACAUUAUCGCAGCAUAAUAAGUCGCCGUUGUUUUCAUAA